AAAAGAAAAAUGUAUUUUAUUAUUACAUUUAAUAUUAUAUUUCAAUAUAAUUUCUUAAUACAUGAUAUAACUACAAUAAGCGUCACUACUCCAGCCUUACUUGUUGUGUUAAUGAUCUAAUGUCUUCCAACAACACACCCUCUGCACCACCAGCUCCCGAGUCCUACGGCCACCAGGGUCACAAUUACACUAUUUCUCCUCCAACUGACUAUGACCAUCACCACCAUCAACAGCCGCCUUCUUAUAUGGCAGAAAACAGUCGUUUAGAUGGUGGGUGCUCUGGUUUCCCACCGGAUACAAGCCAAGAUGUCAUUAGGAGCUUUCGGAUGGUGGAUAGAGACGGAAGUGGAUAUAUUGAUGAGAAUGAGUUGCAACAAGCACUCUCUUCUGGGUAUCAGCGCUUUAAUAUGAGAACUAUUAGAUUGCUCAUGUUCCUCUUCAAGAAUUCACUCGAUGCUCUCAGAAUUGGGCCAAAUGAAUUUUCUGCUUUGUGGAAUUGUCUUGGCCAAUGGCGUGCCACCUUUGAGAUAUAUGACAGAGACAGGAGUGGGAAAAUCGAUUUUUUUGAGCUGAGAGAUGCACUUUAUGGUCUUGGCUAUGCAAUUCCACCUUCAGUGCUACAAGUUCUGUUUUCCAAGUAUGAUGAUGGAAGUGGCAGAAGGAUUGAACUCAAUUUUGAUAGUUUUGUUGAAUGUGGGAUGAUUGUGAAGGGUUUGACUGAAAAAUUUAAAGAGAAGGAUUUGCGAUAUACUGGCAUGGCGACAUUAAUGUAUGACGAAUUCAUGUCCAUGGUUAUUCCAUUUCUUGUAUCGAAUGAUUAGUUGUGGAACUUUUCAUUGUAUAAUCUUUGAUUUAUAGUAGCACUCUUAUUAGACUUGAUUUUAUUUUGAUUUUCCCUUUUUGUUUGGAAUGCUUCUUGUAUCGAAUUAACAGUGACAUUUGCUUA